AUGAAGAACAAAGGAAGUAAACUUGCAGGAGCAAAUUGGAUGAUUUUAGGGUUACCAUCGAUUUUCUUGCUAUGCAUAUUCUUUUUUCUUGCUGGGUUCUUUGGUUCUAGUCUCUUCUCUCAGCAGGAAGUGUCAACUCCUUCUUUAAGGCAUUGGCCUCGGGGACUGCAGGAAGAGAAGAAGAAAGAGUUUGAUGCUCUGCCGCGGGGAGAGACAGGAGAGGAUACUCUCACUUCGAUUCCUUUUCAGAUUUUGAGCUGGAAUCCACGAGCAUUAUACUUUCCAAAUUUUGCUAGUGCAGAACAAUGUGAAAGCAUAAUCGAAGCUGCAAAGGCACACCUUGAACCAUCUUCCUUAGCUCUACGCGAGGGAGAAACAGCUGAAAAUACCAAAGGAAUUAGGACAAGUUCUGGCAUGUUUAUAAGUGCAUCUGAAGACAAAACUGGAAUCCUGCAUCAGAUUGAGGCAAAAAUGGCAAAAGUAACAAUGAUCCCCAGAACCCAUGGAGAGGUAAUGUGA